AUGGGGCCCCUGGAAGCAGUAGGUGAAGAAAACCAGACAGAUGAAAUGAAAAAGGAGCUGUUCACCAAGAUGUACUUGCCGAGAUACACCACACCGCUCAAUGAAUUGGCUCUGGACCCUAAACCAGAACUGAAGGACAGCACAACGCUAGUUGAAGUGCAGAUAAUCCUCAUCUUUGCUUACUGCUCCAUCAUCCUGCUGGGGGUGAUCGGAAACUCCCUCGUGAUCCACGUGAUCAUCAAGUUCAAAAGCAUGCGCACAGUGACUAACUUCUUCAUUGCCAACCUGGCUGUGGCCGACCUGCUGGUGAAUACAUUGUGCCUGCCCUUCACUUUGGUUUACACGCUGUUGGGCGAAUGGAAACUGGGCCCGGUCUUGUGCCACCUGGUGCCUUAUGCCCAGGCUCUUGCUGUGCACGUGUCUACUGUUACUUUGACUGUGAUCGCUUUGGAUCGGCAUCGCUGCAUCGUCUAUCACUUGGAAAGCAAAAUCUCUAAGCGGAUCAGCUUCCUGAUUAUAGGAGUUGCCUGGGCAGUCAGUGCCCUGUUGGCAAGUCCUCUGGCCAUCUUCCGUGAGUACUCGCUGAUUGAGAUCAUUCCUGACUUCAAGAUUGUGGUCUGCUCUGAGAAGUGGCCAGGGGAGGGGCAGCUCAACUAUGGCACCAUCUACAGCAUCUCCAUGCUCCUGAUCCAGUACGUCCUGCCUCUGGCAGUCAUCUCCUAUGCCUACACCCGUAUUUGGACCAAGCUCAAGAACCAUGUUAGUCCUGGGGCGGGGAACGACCACUACCACCAUCGGCGGCAGAAAACCACCAAGAUGCUGGUGUGUGUGGUUGUGGUGUUCGCUGUCAGCUGGCUGCCAUUUCACACCUUCCAGCUAGUCAGUGACAUUGACAGUCAGGUGUUAGACCUGAAAGAGUACAAACUGAUCUACACAGUGUUUCACGUCAUUGCCAUGUGCUCAACGUUUGCUAACCCCCUUCUCUAUGGCUGGAUGAAUAACAACUACAGGACGGCCUUCCUCACGGCCUUCCAGUGCGAACAGCGGCUGGACUCCAUCCACCCUGAAGUAUCAGCAGCUUUCAAAGCCAGGAAGAAACUAGAAGCAAAGAGGAUUCAAUUCCCUGGAGACUCUUUCACACAACCUACCAAUGUCUAAGAUGUCUGACUUUAAAGAAGAAAUGAAUAUGUUGUGGACAAAGGGAUAAAUCCA